AUGAAGGGCUUAUCUAGUAGUCGGAGCCACCAUCAUGUGGUCUCCUAUGAACCAUCAUAUGAUCCAGUUGGUUACCAUGUUGACCGCAAGCCAUAUUUGAUCAGUCAGAUGGACAUUCCUAUGCCCAUCCCCAUGCCGCAUCCAGCUGAUCUGCCCUUCUACAAUUCUCAGCGUACCUCGUACCCCUCUGACAGCAACAAUAUCGUCCCAUAUGGAACCUUCCCAAGGAGGUGCCACUCAACCUCCUCAUCUCACCAUCCCGAGGUAAAGGAUGAGUGUAUGGCCAUGGUACCAUAUAUAGGAGGAGGAGGGGGAGGAGGAGGAGCUGGAGGAGGCUAUGGAGGUAAAAUGCCCAACCGGGUUCCAGCACACUUUGCAGACCAAUUUGAGCAUCAGCUAUCAUUUUCAAGAGAAGGCUACCAUACACUGCAGUACAAACGAGGAAUGCAGCCCCACAUUGGGGGGAUGUCGGCCAACAACAACAACAAUGACAGCCCUGGGAGAAUUCGUCACCUUGUCCACUCAGUUCAGAAACUCUUCACCAAGUCACAUUCAUUGGAGGGCCCACACCACACACAGUCAUCAAAAGGGGCCAAUAAUGGGAGCAUUAAUGGUGGCGAGGGUGAAACUCCAUCAGUGGGAGUGCGCCACCGGAAGCGCAGCAAGAGCCGCGAACGCUGUCGUUCAGCCGAGCCCAAGCAUCGUAGCCACCACCACCACCACCAGCAGCUCCACGGCUCAGCAUCUGCUCCGGGCUCUGGAUAUUGGAGCUCAGAUGACAACCUGGAACGGGAGCUGUGUCUUUACCACCCUCACCACCACCAACCACCACCCUCACCCUCACCCUCCAUUUCUCCCUCACCCAUUGCUAUGACAAUGGGGCGCUACCCCAGCAACCACCCCGACAUGUUCCCCCAGACGCCCAUCCCCAGUCUCUCUUCCUCGCAGUCCCAGCAGUACUUCAUGAUGGACCCCUACGGCACACUCAAUGAACAUACACGCACCCAUGCACCCCAUGGCCACACACACCACCAUCCUGCACUCAAAACCUCCCGGAGCAUCAAUGAUGUGAAGUAUGCAGCCCCAUCAGCAUGUGUGCCAGUUAGUGGUAGCAGCAGUGGCCGUAUCGGUGGAGGAAGUGGCCCCUUGCUGCCACUGAGUCUUGUGGAUGUGCCCCUGGCGAAGAAAGGGGCAUGGUCAUCGAGCCUAACGGUGAGCAGGGCGAGAGAGGUUUACACCAACAGCAACAGCUACAACCACCUACGAGCCAGCGCAGGAUCCGGUAACCUAAACCUAGAUAGAGCUCUAGACAAAUCUAAGGGCAGUCAGCAUCAGGAGCACUCUUGCCAUUUCUUACAGGUACCUCAGGAUGAGUGGAGUGGCUUCUCUCCACUAGGGAAGGAGGACGACAUCCCCUGUCGGAGGAUGAGGAGUGGCAGCUACGUCAAAGCCAUGGCUGAGGAUGACAGCGGAGACUCUGAUGGGAGUCCUAAACCCUCACCCAAGAUCCAGGCCCGCCGGGCCAGCUACCUGAAGGCCACACAGCCAUCACUGACUGAGAUGACCACUCUACAGAUUUCAUCGGAACAUUCUCCCAAGCUGCAGAUCAGGAGCCACAGUUACCUGCGUGCGGUGAGUGAGGUUUCAAUCAAUAGAAGCCUGGAUACCCUGGACCCCAAAACCCUCCUCGACCCUAAAUCGCUGCUGUCCUCACCCCAAUACCGUUCUCGCAAUGAAAGCUACAUGAGGGCCAUGAGCACCAUCAGUCAGCUGAGUGAAGUGGAGGUGAAUGGGCAAAUUGAGCAGUUGUGUGAGCAGGUCUACAGUGAGAUGCAGUCACAGGCCAUGGAGGCUGCCAUUGACAGCCUGGAAACCAUGGACACUCUGCCAAUGCCAGGAUGCUUCCGGAUGCGAAGUCCCAGCUAUGUGAGGGCAAUUGACCAGGGCUGUUCGGGGGAUGAAGAAGGAGAAGAGGGGAAACCACUGCUCCUGCUGCCAUCCUCCCCAACACGCACCUCUGCCACUACUGUCAGGACCAUCCAGAGCAGUACAGUUUCAUCUUGCAUUACAACAUAUAAGAAAACCCCUCCACCAGUGCCACCCCGAACCUCCACCUGCUCCACAGCCUCCAAGCCUUACAUCUCCAUCACAGCCCAGAGCAGCACAGAGUCUGCACAGGAUGCAUACAUGGAAGAGGAGGCACCCAGAGGUGACAUGACCAUCCAAUCAGGGCUCAGUAAUUCAACAGAAAGUAUUGACAGCAUGAAGGCCUUGACAGCUGCAAUAGAAGCUGCUAAUGCACAGGUCCACGGACCAGCCAGUCAGCAUGUGAGUAACAGCAGCAUGGUAGUCAGCCCCCCCACCUCCUCAGUUCUCAGCAGGGGGGCUUUUCUUGAAGAGCAGCAGAAUGAAUACAGGAAAGAAGCACUCAGGAAGGGCAAAUGUCUCUCCAUAGGCAUCCAGGUGGAUGGACCAGACGAGAUUACCGAUCCAGAGGACCCAUCUAAAUUCACCUCUGUGGGAAUACAAGUAGAAGAUGAUAGGGGAUAUCGUCGGUUUCAACGCUCAAACAGUGUUACAGCAGCUGUGCAGGCAGAUCUUGACAUGCCUGACUUGCCAGACACUCCCUUGGACUCCUCAGACACUGAUAUAGAUGUCUUGUCAUCGGGUGGCCUCUGUCGACAAUUCUCCCGCGAUGCUGCCACGUCCACCGUCAGCAUCCAGGGCUCAGGGAACCACUACCAUGCCUGUGCCUCCGAUGAUUAUGAGGAUGUGGAAUUCGACCCGUCCAUUCUCCCCCCUCCAGACCCUUGGAUAGACAGUGUAAUAGAUGACCCACUUGAUGUGGUGCAGCGUUCAGUGUGUCAUAGAGAUGGACGCUGGUUCCUAAAGCUGCUUCAGGCUGAGACAGACCGCAUGGAGGGCUGGUGUGACCAGAUGGAGCUCGACCAACGCGAAAAUGACCUGCCUGAAGAUAUCCUUGGGAAGAUGAGGAGUGCAAUGGGAAGCGCUCAGCUUCUGAUGUCUCAGAAGUUCCAGCAGUUCAGGGAACUGUGUGAGGAGAACCUGAACCCCAAAGCCCACCCUCGUCCCGUGGCCUCAGACCUGGCUGGUUUUUGGGAUAUGCUUCAGCUGUCAAUCGAGAACAUAAGCCUGAAAUUUGAUGAGCUUCACCAGCUCAGGGCAAACAACUGGAGACCCCUGGAUCCCCCUGAGAGAAAGGAGAGGCGACUUCCACCUCCAGUACCAAAAAAGCCACCCAAGGGCCCCCACCACCACCCUCCUCUGGCCAGGGACCGCUCAUUGGAGAGCUCAGAGAAACAGCGUCAGGAGGCCAGGAAGCGCCUGAUGGCAGCAAAAAGAGCUGCAUCUGUACGACAAAACUCAGCAACAGAGAGCGCAGACAGCAUUGAGAUCUACAUUCCAGAAGCUCAAACAAGGCUAUGA